CAAAUACCUCGUCAAGCCUAGCUAUAUACCUAACUUCCCAUCUAUACGCUCUACAUCCUUUGUUCGCAUGAAACGUGGUAAUAAAGUGCAUUAAGUGUAAACUGAGUUGAGAAAUGAUCGUCCGGAGAGUCAGCGAAUCUGCUGCCACAGACUUUUCGCGAGAACUGUUGGGCCUUGUUAAAGAAACGAAAGCUUGUUGCCCACCCACGUUCGUCUUCCUUUGUUUGUUUUUUUCUGUUUUCAGACAUGCACAAAAUAACCUUACCAUUGCUUCUUUCAAUCUGGUUUACCUGUGCUUCGCUAGGACACAGCAAUAUGUUUAAUCCUAAGGUAAUCAAAGACGAAGAGAAAAAUGUGUCCCAGCUAAUUGCAGGCUUUGGUUAUCCCGUGGAAGAAUACAUUGUUAUGACCGAAGACUCGUACGACAUCAUGAUACAAAGGAUACCACACGGACGCCUACAGAAACCGGGACCGUGGGAACGAAAACCUGUCGCCUUUUUGAUGACUGGGCUUCUAAGUAGCAGUGCAGACUUCGUCGUAAAUAUGCCAGAUCAGAGCCUAGGAUUCAUCUUGGCGGACCACGGCUUUGAUGUGUGGUUGGGCAACGUAAGAGGCAACUGCUACUCAAAGCACCUCAGCCUGAAAAGAUCGCAGAAGAAGUUCUGGGAUUUCAGCUUCGACGAAAUGAUCCAGUACGAUCUGCCGGCACAAAUAGACAUGAUCUUGUCCGAGACGAAGAUGAAUUCGCUGCUCUACGUUGGGUGGUCUCAAGGGACCAUGAUAAUGUUCGGCUUGCUUGCGACGAAACCGCAUUACAACGAGAAGGUCCGUCUGUUCAACGCCAUGGCACCUGCAGCCUUCAUAGGUCACAUGAAGUCGAGCGUCAAGCGUGCGGUGCCCUUUGGAGCGUUCUUAAAGAGUGUUUUUCAGAUGGCGUUAAACGGUGCUUUCUUAGCGAAAGCCACCAGUAUCAGCAAGCAAUUAAGGAAGGAAGUCUGCGGAAGCUAUUGGCAAGGCGUAACUUGCAAAUCAUCUUUCAAGUUUUUCAAUGGAGGAUUUCCAGUGGAAAUGAACAUGACUAGGUUUCCAGUUUACAUGGCUAAUAACCCCGCUGGAUCUUCGGUACGCAACAUGUAUCAUUUCGCACAGAUAAUAAAGACCAAUCGAUUUCAAAAAUUCGAUUGGGGUUUACUGAAGAACAAGAUAAAAUAUGGUCAGGUAAAACCGCCUCAGUACGACCUCAGCAAAGUCACAGCACCAGUGGCCCUCUACUGGAGCGAAGGAGACGUCCUGGCCUGUCCAGACGACGUGAGACACCUCAAAAGGCUGCUGCCCAACGUGGUACUCUGCUACAAGGUGCCCGUGCCCGGCUUCACGCACGUAGACUUUGCGUGGAGCAUCAAAGCCAAGAACCACCUCUACAAGACGAUUCUGCACAUGAUGAUCAAGUACUCCCAGAUGCAACCACCUGUCCCCCAUACCCUAGAGGGCAUCACUCAUGGAGUGUUGCAAGAGAACCCAAAGCUGGGCGAAUCGCUAACUAUUAAAGGUUAAACUGCAGCGGCGCACAAAAAAGACGAACUACACGGGAAGUUAAUAAAGAGGCCCUGACUAUACCAAUUAUGUUUGUUUUUGGAAAACAAGAUACAUAUACGCAUAAUACAACAGUCUACAAUUGAC